UCACUAAUUAGCUAGCAACGCAGAGUCUAGUGUUUUGAAAUCCACAGCGCGUAGUCCCGCUUACUUUUCCGCCAGGGUUUGAACUGUUGGUGAUUACAUGGAGGCGUUUACGCUUUUGCAACGUUCUUAAGCUAGUAGCAAGUAAUAAUGUAACUAAGAAAUCAUUCGUUUCAUAUUCAGAACGACGAUAAUAAUCUUGAACAGUAAAUUUGAGCUGAGAUGAGCUGAGAUGAGCAGUGCAUUUCGCUUUGCUGUUUGUUUGGAUUGUGUACGAGGAAGCGGUUGAAACAUGUCUCUACCUCCGGAGAAAGCUUGGGAACUAAAACAGAUCAUUCAGGAUCACCUCAGUAAGGUGUGUUUAUAGCUGUAAUGUUGCUGGUCUGCUAGAUGGAUAUCCAGGGGAAGAUUAGGGAUGUGGUAGAGGAGGCAGUGAGGUGUGAGGGGGACCGGGGCGAGCAGCCUCUCUCUCAGGAGGAUCUACUGACCGAACUGCAGCGCAGGGGCAUCGUGGAGGACGCCAUGAAGCAGCUUAGCUUCACUAAUGCAGCACUUUCACAAACAGAGGGGGAGGAUCUGAACAAGUCUCCAGCUCACGUAACUGUGAAAGAUGUUACACAGCUUAAAACAGCCAAUAUCAAUCCACCGAGGAGAUACUUGUACCUGCAGGUUCUUGGGGGAAAGGCCUUCCUCGAGCACCUACAGGAGCCAGAGCCUUUACCUGGUCAGGUGUGUUCUACCUUCACACUCCACCUUCACUUCCGCAACCAACGCUUUCACUCCAAACCUGUGCCCUGUGCCUGUGAUCCAGACUUACAAGAGGGCUUUCUUUUAGAAGUACACCGAGAUGGUCCAGGUGACGCCAGUAAAAUGGCUGAUGCCACCACUAUGUUGUCCAUUUGUGACCCGGUGCACAUGGUGUUGAUACGGACAGACACCGCAGGAGACACGACGCUCAUCUCUUCUUAUUUCUUGGACUGGCGAUCUGUCCUCAGUGCCCCCAGUGGAAAGACAUCAGUCUCUGUGGAGCUGCUUGGUGUAGGCAGUGAGUGUAAAGUGCCCGCUGGUGUUCUUAACCUCAAGCUGGAACUGUAUCCUCCCCUCAGUGAAACGCUGAGCCCUGAAGUCAUCAGCACACAGCGAUCACUGGAGCGCCAGAAGACCGCAGAGAAAGAGCGUUUGUUUCUGGUCUAUGCUAAGCAGUGGUGGAGGGAGUUCUUAGAAAUACGACCUUCUCACCAAUCCAAGCUGGUUAAGAUCUUUGCACAAGAUGAGAAUGGGGUGAACCGACCAGUGUGUUCAUACGUACGCGUGUUGCGUGCUGGACGGUUGUUGGAAAGUCCACGGCAGGCGGCUCGCUUUGUGAGUCUGCUGGCUCAGGAGAGGGCGCCUGUUCUGGGGGGAGGAACACGUCAGGAGCAGUGGUGCACUAUGAUGGCAUUCCUGUGUAGGAACAAGGGUGAUUGCGAGGACCACGCCACACUGCUGUGUAGUCUUCUGCUGGGCUUUGGCCUGGAUGCUUAUGUGUGUGUGGGCACCAAAGCUAAAAAUAUCCCCCACACCUGGGUGAUGACUUGUGGUACCGAUGGCACUGUCACUUUCUGGGAGAGUCAGACUGCACACAGGUAUCUACAUCAGCCGGUAGACCCUGAGGCUCCUCCACUAGUUCCUCAGCCCAAACCCACCUACCCAUACCGCACGAUUGGUUGUGUUUUCAACCACAAGACUUUCUUGGCUAACUGCCAGCCUUCAGACUCGGUGGAGUUGUGUGUGUUUGACUUCACGGAUGCGUCCCGCUGGAAAGCUAUGAGCAAAGAGGCUGUUUGUUCAGUUUGUACCCCCAGUUCCAUAUCCUCUCUCCCUCCUACUCCUCCUCUCUGUCCACCCUCAGUGCAGGCCAGCGAUGCCAGCAACCAGCUAGAGCUUGAGCUACGCUACUUGGUUACUGAGCACAGGAAGGAUAUUGGUCUGGCUACAGUGUGGGAUGAUCACCUGUCAUAUCUGCUGUCAUCUGCUCUGGCAGCCUAUGAGCUGGAGCGCUGUAUGGGCAUAUCAUGUGGAAAUGAGGAGUUUCAGGAUGCUGUUCGGAGGGCUGUACCCGAUGGACACACAUUUAAAGGCUUUCCUAUUCAGUUUUUACACCGUAAUGCACGCAGAGCUUUUGCUACCUGCCUCAGGUCACCGUUCUGUGAGGAGGUUGUGUCUUGUCGAGGAGAUCAUGUUCGUCUGGCAGUGCGGGUGCGUGUGUUUCCCUAUGUCGAGUCAGCCUGCGCUGUCUGGAUCAUGUUUGCCUGCAAGUACAGAUCAGUCCUGUGAUCUGUGGCCAACGUUGUGUGUGUGUUUGUGUAAAAUAAUAGUAAGAUGUGAUUUUGUUGGGAAAUUUGUUUGUUCUCCAUAGAAAAUGGCUUUUAUUUUCUUUAUUUUUGUAUUUUACAAAAGUACUUACAAGCUCAAUGAUUUUUUGGCAAUAUUUAGCUAUGUUAGUACACAAUCCAGAUGAAAUGUUCCUUGAAUAGUGUGUUUGAAUUUGUGCUACGCAUUUUAGAAUAUUUGCUUGUUGAAUAUGUGCUUGUAUUAAAAUAUGUAACUUUUUCUAUCA